CAUGUGUUCAACCAUCGAUAAGUCGAUGAGUUUUCUGGUUAAAAUUUAAGAAAACACACAAAAAUGAAACCGAGAUCUCAGAAAACCCAAGGAAAACCCCAUGGAAAAUUCAACAAAGGCCCUGGCAAGGUGGCCCACAACCAGAAGCCUUACUUCAAGAGCAAAAACAAGCAAAAGGGAAAGGACGACAAGCCAAGCAAACCUAAUAAACCCGAGAUCCGGAAUUUGAAACGCCAGGAGAAGGCGUCCAAGGAGGCGGCGGAAAGGGAGAAGGUCCGGGCUGAGAGGGAUGCCCAGGUGAAAGCCUAUAAAAAGAAGCGUCUGGAGAAAACGAAGGCCAUCAGCAAAAAGACCCAGAAGGGUCAGCCCUUGAUGAAGGAUCGCAUGCAGCUCCUACUGAAGCAGAUCGAGGAGAUGAAGCGGCAUUAAGUGAGUCCCAGGACAUCUUAGUUCCAAGGAACGCCCUCUGAUAAGGGUGUUUUUAUUCUCACCAAACUCGUUUCGGGGAUUUGCUUAGGCGCUUUACUGUAGGGUUUUACCUAUAAGGCAACAUAAAAAUGUUUAAUUUUACAUUAGGUUUACUUUAUUUUUAAAUGAAUUACACUGUUUUUCACAACAAUA